UUACGUUUUUGUCACAGCGAGAUCAUUAAUAACAAAUCUAUUAGAAACGCUUAAUAAACGUCAAAAACGAAAAUAGAAAUGAUUCAAUGGUCUUUCUCCGAAGACCACGUUUUUAGGUUAUGUUGUUAUUGUGCUCAAACGAACUGUCAGGACGUGUUGUGAAAAGGAUAAAAACAUGGAACAAUCAAUACGAAGUGGACUGCACCGGCGACACUUCAUAAGCACUCAUGUCGAAGAUAUACCUAUGGACACUAUUCGAUUAGUGUCACCGAUUAACAGAUUCGCUAUUUUACAAGGAAAUUUUAAUUAUGACGAUGAUUUCCCUGAAAAGCCUUACAAAUUGAAAACGAAAAUCAUAAUAUCAGCACUAAUAACUUUAGUUCUGGUAUCAGCAUUAAGUGGUUACCUCAUUGGUAAAGCGGAAUAUAAUGCAAGGAAAUUGUCGGCGCCGCCGGAUCCAAUAAACCCUCUGCCACCGUCACCGUCAUGGCUCCAUGUGUUCAAGAAGGCAGCGGUUUGCACAGAUGCACCGCACUGCUCGGAAAUUGGCAGACAUAUACUAUCAAUCAAUGGCUCAGCAGUGGAUGCCACUAUCGCGGCGAUGUUCUGCAACGGACUCCUCAACCAGCAGAGCAUGGGUCUUGGAGGAGGAUUCUUUAUGACUGUUUACGUCAAGGAGGAGGAGAAGGCGUACACGGUUAUCGCUAGGGAGAAAGCCCCCGAAGCUGCUACCCAGGAUAUGUUCAACGGAAACUUCGAUAAAUCUUCGAAAGGUCCUUUAGCGGUCGGCGUGCCAGGCGAGCUUCGUGGUAUGUGGGCGGCUCAUAAGCGAUGGGGCAAGCUGCCUUGGGAGAAACUAGUGACACCAACCCUCGAGUUUUGCAAAUACGGGUUCACGAUAUCGAAGGCUCUCUACGAUGGCCUCGAAACUGCACCUUAUAUAAAAAACGACCCACAUUUAAGGAAAAUGUACUUUAAUAGUUCGAAGAACAAAUUCCACAAGCCAGGCACACUUGUUAAGCCUAGCGAGGCUCUCUGCAACACGCUCCGAGUAAUAGCCGAGAAGGGCGGGGACGAGCUGUACAACGGUACUUUGGCCGUCGAAUUCUUAGAAGAUCUGAACAGAGUUGGCAGCAUCAUUACCGCUGAUGAUUUGAAGAAUUACCAGCCAAAGAUCACAGAUCCAAUUUCCGUAUCAUUGAGAAAUGGAGAUGUCCUAUAUACCCCCCCACCGCCCAGCAGCGGAGCUAUUUUGGUCAACAUUCUAAACAUCCUCAGCAGCUACAACUUUACAAACGAAAGUAUAAAUGGGACAGAUAAUAAAAUACUCACUUACCACAGGAUAUUAGAAGCCUUUAAAUACGCUUAUGCGGCUAGGACUAAACUGGGAGAUGAGGAUUUCCUAGAUUUGAAUGACUUCCUGUACAACAUAACAGCACCCGACUAUGGUAAUGGAAUUCGGCUCGAAAUAAACGAUACUAUGACGAGUAACGACACAAAUCACUAUGGAGCCACUGAGUACCAUAAAUCCGAUUCUGGAACUGCCCACAUAUCAGUAUUAGCGGAAAACGGCGAUGCUGUAUCAUUGACCAGCUCAAUAAACUUUUAUUAUGGCGCUGGUUUCUCGACUCUCAACACCGGCAUCAUUAUGAACAACGUCAUGGACGAUUUCUCUUCCCCCGGUAUCACGAACUACUUUGGUUUAAAGCCAUCACCUGCUAACUUCAUCGCGCCUGGCAAGAGACCUCUGUCCUCGAUGAGUCCCAGCAUUAUCGUUGAUAGGAAUGGCAAUGCAAAACUUAUUAUUGGUGCAUCUGGUGGGACGAAGAUCGUGACUGCUAUUGCAUUGGUAACAAUGCGUAAAUUAUGGUUCGACCAGAACAUCAAAGAAGCAGUUGAUGAAGCUCGCAUUCACCAUCAAAUAUUCCCGAUGACUGCUCAAUACGAAUUUGGCAUAAUAGAGGAUAUUGUCAAAGGUUUACAAGCAAAGGGUCAUGGUAUGGAGCGAUAUGGUGGCAGGGGUUCCAUUGUGUGCGCGCUCUUCAGGAACCAGACAGCAAUAUAUGCCAAUGCCGAUUUUAGGAAGGGGGGCGAUGUCGCUGGAAUUGAUUAAGAAAUCAGUGCUUAUAUUGUGCUAUUUUAAAUUAUAAAAAUCAAAAGACUUUUACUUCACUAACAUAAGCGUGAUUUUAAUGCCGUAUUUUUGUUUUUGAAUGCAACAUUUUAAUACACCAUGUUUUUUUUUCUAAAUUGCAACAGUAUAUAGCUGUUACUUAUGUUUUCCACAAAAUCGACCUAAUUUUAGAUUAUUCAAUGUUGAGUCCCCAGUGAUAAAUUAAUUAAAUCUUGAUAAUAAGGUAUUUGCUCACUAAGUAUUAUUGUUGUUUUAAUAUUAUAUUCUUAGAUACCAUAGUGAGAUAUUUUGUCUGAACUAAUACUUCACAAGCACUUUGUACUUUAUUAGAAACAAACGCCCAUAGUACUAUAAUUACGAAAAUAUAUUUUUUUAAGGCUGCAACUAUCAACCAUGCUUCUAGAAUAAUUAAAUAAUUAUUUAUACAAAAUAUGCAUAUUUUAAAUAACCUCCUAUAGAGUAAUUAUAAUUAUCUAAAACAAAAUAUUCAAGCCACAGUCUUUGAAUAUUUUUCAAUUCUCAUUACGUGAAAUUAAAUAACAGAUUAAGAUACAACCAUAGUCGUUUAUUUUAAUAAUAAAUACAUUACAAUAUAUUUUUUGCCGUUCCCCUUGAAGUGUUGCUGUAUCAAAAAACUAAAACAUUAAUGAAUGUAUUAAAAACAAAGAAUGAAAUGAAUGACAAUAAAGUAUAAAAAGGUUCGAAAAUCGUGAAAUUGAAUGGAUUUGUAUUAGUAUUUAAUUUCACCAAGGUUUAACACUUGUUUAUAUUUUCUUAAUUUCAAAGUAAUAGGUAUAUAAAUGUCGAAAAGAUCAUUAUUGUUAUUUAUGUCAUAAGAGCCGAUUGUAACAUUGCUUUAAAUUUGACUUUAAAAUGACACGACUGUCUUAUUGUACAAAAUAUAGAAAUAUUUAUCUACAUAAAGAUAUAUCAAUAAAAUUGAUAUAAAAUAUAUUUAAGAAUGAAUAAUAAGUGCCAGAAGUGACAAUGAGAACCUUUAUCGUGAAAUUGUAUGAAAUUGUAGACAUUACUGGAUUUUCGAAUAUUGAAUACGAAAUGUCAUUAAUGACAAAUUUCCCAUCGAAAAAAAAAACAAAAUAAAAUUUCAUGUGACAUUGGCAGAAUAGUUUACGCUGAAGCACCGCUAUAACAGAAUAAAAAAAAACUCCAAUAGUUCAUAUUAUCAUCUUUAUUAUACCUCAUUUUUUCAAGUAAGAAAACAUUCCUUAAACAGCGUUUAAUUACAUUAAAUUAUAUAGCUCACAAGCAGUAUUAAUUAAUGUUUAGAAUCUAGUUUACUUAAUAAAAUCUUAGCCAGUACGGAAUAUGAUGUGAUUGAUUGUUCCAUUCGUGUCGUCUUACGUAUAAACAUUGUAUAACGGUGACUAAAAAAGUAGGUCUUCUUCUUUCGAAUGUCAAAUCAAUAAAGAUAGAAAGAGAGGAAUCAGUAUUUAACUAAACAGCUUCUAAGCAAUGUUUAGUAUGUAAUUUAUAACUCCACAUACUUUUUACUAUAUCUUACUUUAAUAUUUUUUAAUAAGUAAACAAAAAAAACACUUUCUUCUCAAAUUACAUUGUUAAAAUAUUUGUGUUAAAAAUUGUACAAUUUAAAUGUAUUGUUUUUGAUAAUUUUAAGUAAGUUUCAAUUUUACAGUUGGACUGUGUAAGUAUAUAGUUGAAAUGUGAAAUUGUCUUUAUUUUAUUGAAGACAAUUUCACAUCAUGCUAAGUUAUAAACUGGAAAUAAAAUUAUACAAGUUGAUGUUUGUUCUUUAUUUAGUUUUUUAUUAAUUUGUUGUGUUAUACAUAUUUAUGUUUGUCCUACAGCUCGUAUAUAAAUAUUAUUCCCCUUUAUUAUUUAUCAAACAAUGCUCUAACAAACCGACCUCUCCCUCGUAAGGGCCUAUUGAAUACUUGACAAAAUAGCAAAGUAUCAACUAUAGGCUUCUAGAUUUAAAUUAUUUAUUAGAAUCUACUACACCCGUGACUUCACGGUGACUUGCACAUUCUACCGUAACAAUAACAAAUUAACUGGAAUGAAAAUAUUUCAACUUAUUCAAAAACCUUAAGUGCAAA